ACACCAAUAAGUGAUCUCAUCUUCAUCUUAUCCAGCAAUUUACUCCGACGUGGUCAAAUUUUUGCGAAAAAAAUCAUCUAAUCGUGACUGGGUGGUCCAAUAAAAUAGUGAAAGUGAAGUGAUCUCAUUGUGACAUUGUCCACUAAAUGUCCGUCGACCAAAUCUCUCUCGUCAUCAUCGCCCCCAUCGCCCAGACUCACACCGCAUAAUUUACGACGACAUGGUCCUAUUUGGCAAAAAAAACCAUAAUCGUCCCGUAAAAUAGUAAAGUUUUCCAAAAAACUAGCCAUCUAAUCGUCCAGUAAAAGUAGUGAAGUGAUCUCAUCGUCCACUAAAUUCGUUGUCCCAUGUCCCACGAGCAACUCUCCCUCUCCGUCCUCACCCCCUUGGCGCCCAUCCUGUUCGCCGUCCUCUUCGUCGCCCGUACUCACGCCAAAACAUCCCCCACCCACCACCGCGCCCACCUCGUCGCCCUCCUCUUUUCUUGCCUUGGUCCAUCCCCCACGCUGCGAAUCGUCACCUGUUCCGUCAACCUGAUCGAGCUGGACGAACCGGAUUUUUACAACCCCUCCAUCCAAGCCUGGUUCGCCACGGAACGGACGGCCAACUACGUCUGGCAUGUAGACUCAUACCCAAACGGGGCCCUUCCCGUCGACAAUACGGCCUUCCUCGCGCCACCCACGUGUCAAUACAACGUGCUCAGUGCGGGUGGGGCCGCUACGGCGAAAUGGUUGAGAAACACGAGGAUAUUUUUUCCUAAUUUGUUGGUCGGUAUCCCGAAAGAAGAGAUCUCCCUCGCCUCUGGAGGGAACGCGGUGCAGAUUUCGCCCCGGUCGCCGACGACGCCGACUUCGUCCUCCUUUGCGGAAGUGUGGCGUGACGUGAUUCUUCCCGUGAUUCGGUACGACCACAUUUUUCCGAUGGGCGGGGUGAUGGCCGAUGAGGAGGAAAAACCCGCCUUGGACGAGAUGACGAAAGUGCGGGGGCCACUGUUAGGCGGGCAGCCACACCCCUACAACCAUCACACGAGCAAGAUGGAGGGCUACAUUAGAGACCAGAUGACGCAGAGGAGAGGUGCGGAUGGAGAGAGAGGUCAGAUUUCGGUCACCUGUUGAGGGAAUUUACAAUAAAAUAAAAAUAUGGAUGGGAACUUAUUUUCGAAAUUUUAUGAAAGACUUGAGAAAUGUGAGUCUGAGAAAUUUUAAAAUUCUUUCUGCGUAUGCAAUAAAUUUUGGUAAAAACGGGAACUAAUUUUCCUAGUUGUGAAGUUAUUAAGAAUAAAUUUAUGUUUUCUGAAUUUGCGAAAUUUUUUUUGAUAUACUUUAAGACCGAUGUAGGUUUAUUUAAGUUUAACUUGAGAGAAUCAAUUAUUAAGGUUCUCGUUCUCAUUGCUGACAAAAUAUUUUUUUGGAAAGAGAGAUUUCUGUGAACGGUUGACGAAUUGAAGGAGGAAAUUGUGGGUGGGUUUAUUUAGACUUAAUUUAAUCUUAUCAACUAUUUAGAUUUUGCGCCAUGCUCCAUUGAACAUACAUUCAUAGGUCUCCUUUAGGAGGCUUAUCCACUUUUCUCUGGCCAUGCUCUUGCUAAUUCUUUACGAAAUAAUUUUUUUGCGGAUAGAGAGAGGGCAGAUUUCUGUGAACUGUUGAAAAAUUGAAGGAGGAAAUUAUUAUGUUACUUUUUAAAAUAAAAAUAUGGAUGGAAACUUUCGAAAUUUUAUGAAAAACUUGAGAUGUGAGCCUGGAAAAUUUUAAAAUUCUUUUUGUGUAUGCAAUAAAUUUUGGUAAAAGUGGGAAAAGAGUAUCCCAUUUGUGAAUUAUUAGGAAUAAAUUUAUAUACUUUUUUUAAAUUUAACGGAAAACUUUUUUGAUAUACUUUGAGACCGAUGUAGGUUUAUUUAAGUUUAAUAAGGAAGCAUCGAAUAUUAAGAUCUUGCACCCUGAUGUUGCUAAUUCCUUACAAAAUAAUUUCCUUGUGGAUAGAAAGAGGACAGAUUUCUGUGAACUGUUAAAGAAUUUAAGGAGAAAAAACUUACUUUUUAAAAUAAAAAUAUGGAUGGGGACUUAUUUUCAAAAUUUUAUGAAAGACUUGCCUGAAAAAUUUCAAACUUCUUUCUACGUAUGCAAUAAAUUUUAAUCAAAAUGGGAACUAAAUUUCCCAUACUUGUGACGAAGUUAUUAAAACUUAAUUUAUAUUUUCUGAAUUUACAAAAAACUUUUUUGAUAUACUUUGAGACCUAUGUAUAUUAAUUUAAAUUUAAUUAGAAAGCAUUAAAUAUUUAGAUGUGCGCUCUUGCUAGUUCCUUACAACGUAAAUGUUUGUUUGCGGAUGGAGAGAGGGCAGAUUUCUGUGAACUUUUGAAAAAUUGAAGGAGGAAAUUAUUUAUUACCUAUGUUACUUUUUAGAAUAAAAAUAUCUUAUUUUCGAAAUUUUAUGAAAACCUUGUCAACUUAUGAAUGUCCCUAAUAAUUUAUUGUGCAUAAUACAUAUUAUGUAUCUAAUAAACUUUGGUAAAAAUUAGAACUUGUUUUCAAACUUGUAAAGUUAUUGUAUUACGAAUAAAUUUGUAUUUUCAAAAAUUUGCGAAAAAAAUAUGAAAUACUCUAAAUCCGAUGUAGAUUUUGAUCUAAAUUUAAUUUACAACGCAUCAGAUUGAAAGAUUAAAUUCUUGUCUCAUAGAAUUUAAGUUAAACAUCCUAAAAUGUGUGGAUACAAUUUUAUUUUUUUGGG